AGCUGACAGGCCUCUGAUCCUGCUGUAACACAUGCUGUUGAGAUCAGAGCUCAGACUAGUUUCACUUCUCAGGAAGUGAACCUCAGUCAGUCGUCGACAGCGAGUGUUGAAAUGGCGCAGAAAGGAGUUCAGCUGGACCGGGAAUCCUUCUCUUGUUCCGUCUGUUUGGAUCUACUGAAGGAUCCGGUGACUGUUCCCUGUGGACACAGCUACUGCAUGGACUGUAUUAAAGCCCACUGGGAUACAGAGGAGGAGAAGGAGAGCUACAGCUGCCCUCAGUGUAGGCACACCUUCACCUCGAGGCCUGUCCUGCUGAAAAGCACCAUGCUGGAGACCCUGCUGCAGGAACUGAAGAAGACCGGACUCCUAGCUGCUCCUGAGGAUCCCUCUUAUGCUGGACCUGAAGAUGUGGCCUGUGACGUCUGCACCGGGAGGAAACUCAAAGCCCUCAAGUCCUGUCAGGUCUGUUUGAUCUCAUUUUGUGACAAACACCUUCAGCCUCAUCUUCAAACUCCGGCCUAUAAGAAACACAAGCUGGUGGAGCCCUCCAAGAAGCUCCAGGAGAACGUCUGCUCUCGUCACGAUGAGGUGAUGAAGAUGUUCUGUCGUACUGAUCAGCAGUCUAUCUGUUAUCUCUGCUCUGUGGACGAUCACAAAGGCCACGACACGGUCUCAGCUGCAGCAGAGCGGAGCGAGAAGCAGAGAGAGCUGGAGGAGAGUCGACUAAACAUCCAGCAGAGAAUCCAGGACAGAGAGAAAGAUGUGGAGCAGCUUCAACAGGAGGUGGAGGCUAUCAACGGCUCCGCUGAUAAAGCAGUGGAGCACAGUGAGGAGAUGUUCACCCAGCUGAUCCGUCUCAUGGAGGAACGACGCUCUGACGUGAGGCAGCGGGUCAGAUCCCAGCAGGAAACUGAAGUGAGUCGAGUCAGAGAGCUUCAGGAGAAGCUGGAGCAGGAGAUCACUGAGCUGAAGAGGAGAGACGCUGAGCUGCAGAAGCUGGCACACACAGAGGACCACAACCAGUUUCUACAGGACUACCCCUCACUGUCAGGACUCAGUGGACCUGCAGACCCAUCCAGCAUCAAGACCCGUCCUCUCAGGUACUUUGAGGAUGUGACAGCAGCUGUGUCAGAAGUCAGAGAUCAACUACAGGAGGUCCUGAGAGAGAAGUGGACCAACGUCUCACAGGCUGUGACUGAAGUGGAUGCUUUACUGUCAGAUCCACCAGAGCCCAAGACCAGAGCUGGGUUCUUAAGAUACUCACGUGGACUCACACUGGAUCCAAACACAGCAAACAGAUAUCUGUUAUUAUCUGAUGGGAACAGAAGAGCAACACUGAAACAACAACAACAGUCUUAUUCUAGUCACCCAGACAGAUUCACUCAUUAUGAUCAGGUCCUGAGUAGAGAGGGUCUGAGCGGACGGUGUUACUGGGAGGUGGAGCUGAGAGGGGACGGAGUUGAGGUAGCAGUCGCAUACAAGAAUAUCAGCAGAGCAGGAGGUUCACAGGAUUGUAGAUUUGGAUUCAAUGAUAAAUCUUGGACGUUAGAUUGUUUCAACAACAGAUAUUACUUUAGGUACAACAAAGUCAGCACUCCUGUCUCAGGUCCUCAGUCCUCCAGAGUAGGAGUGUACCUGGAUCACAGAGCAGGUAUUCUGUCCUUCUACAGCGUCUCUGAAACCAUGACUCUCCUCCACAGAGUCCAGACCACAUUCACUCAGCCCCUCUAUGCUGGACUAAGGUUGGACUGGUAUGAAGUCAGUGCUGAGUUCUGUGAACUCCAAUAAAAACCUUCAAGUCCAUUCAGACCAAAUAUGAGCAACAAGAGGAUUUCAAAGCUGCAUGGUUCUGGUCUGAUGGUUCUCCCUCCAAGACCUCUCUGUGCUUCAGGUCUUCAUGCCGGCUUUGUGAGUCUUUUUGGAGCUGCUGCUUUUGUAGACGCUUUAAGGGAUGAGGACAGUGAUGCUGGAUUAUUUGCAACAGUUGGGUUUCUAUUUUUGAUGAAGCUUCAAAAA